GCGCUCGGAACGCCGGCUAGGCGCUGCCGCGGGCUCUGCCGGGAGCGCCGGGCCGGUGGCGGCCAUGCUGCUCUUCUGCCCGGGCUGCGGGAACGGGCUGAUCGUCGAGGAGGGGCAGCGCUGCCACCGCUUCGCCUGCAACACCUGCCCCUACGUGCACAACGUCACGCGCAAGGUAACAAAUCGGAAGUAUCCAAAGCUGAAAGAAGUGGAUGAUGUGCUUGGUGGAGCAGCUGCCUGGGAGAAUGUUGACUCUACUGCAGAGCCGUGUCCCAAGUGUGAACACCCUCGAGCCUACUUCAUGCAGCUUCAGACCCGCUCUGCCGACGAGCCCAUGACCACCUUCUACAAGUGCUGCAAUGCUCAGUGUGGACACCGCUGGCGGGACUGAGGCCAGGAUGGCCCAGCUGCGUCAGCGUCUGCGUGCUUUACUGCCCAGGGUGUAUUCCCAGCUGCGAGUGUGAACCGUGUGUCCUGAGGGUCUUGGCUGGUGUGGUGGAAAGCUGACCCUUUAAGGGUGGCUGCCCAGGGGGUCAGGAAGUAUAGCCCGCCUCCCAGUCAGCAGAUUAACUCCUUGGUGUACAGGAUGUCCAAAUUCUGCCCAUGCUGUGUGUGGACAGGAGUAUCCAUAACUGAGUGUCUCCUGUUUAAGGUCCUGUUCUUCCUCUUUUAUGUUUGUUGGGCAAUUGAUAUUCUCCUACCAUCAGCCAACACUCUUUAAUAUUUACAUUGUUUGUACAACUAAUGAAGUAAAUCUUAUUAGUUUAGUACAUUAGAUGCCCCUCAGUAUUUAACUGUUAAUUGCAAACUUAUUUAAUCAAAAUUUAUCCUGAAUAUUUAAUUAAAGUUAACAGUCUUGUUAUCAUCUUCUCAGUGUUUUAAAUGCCUUAAGAAGUAGACAUCAAACCUUAAACCCAAAACCGACUGCUAUAUUUAGGGCCAAACUGGUUGUAGAAUUGCUAUGGAUUUCUAUUUAUUACUUGUAUUUUUGUUUCUUAGAAUUGCAGUACAUUUAUUAGAUUGUAUGUUUUUUAAUACUUUCUAUGUCCAUCUUUCUACUCUAAAGAGAAAAAGGACACUCUAGGCUCACAGGGGCAGGAUUUUGGUUAUUGAUAGAUUUGUUUCUUGCUCAGGGCCUCAAAUUUAAUUGCUUCCAAAUCUCUCUCUUUAUUUUGUUGAAUUAUAGUUUACUUCCCUUGUGGCUCAGCUGGUAAAGAAUCUGCCUGCAAUGUGGGAGAUCUGGGUUCAGUCCCUGGGUUGGGAAGAUCCCCUGGAGAAGGGAGCGGCUACCCACUCCAGUAUUGUGGCCUGGAGAAUUCCAUGGACUGUAUAGUCCACGGGAUUGCAAUGAGUUGGACACGACUGAGCGACUUUCACUUUAUAGUUGACUUACAAUGUUGCAGUAGUGUCUGGUGUGCAGCGUGAUAAUCAGUUACAUGUACAUGUAUAUAUAUAGACAACACACAAGUGAGUGUACAUGUAUUCAUAUACGUGUUCAUAUUCUUUUUGCUAUGUUUUUCCAUUAUGAUUUAUUACAGGAUUUUGAAUAUGGUUCCCUGUGCCAAAUUGCUUAAUAAGUUUCACUUAUGAAAUAAUGGGACUUAAAUUUAAGUCUUUUAUACAGAUUCUUGCUUUUUUCCAACUUUUUAUUACUUUUUCGUUUUUGUCCUGUUGUGUAGCAUGCAGGAUCUUAGUUCCCCAGCCAGGGACAGAACCUGUCCCCCUGUACUGAGAGCAUGGAGUCUUAACCACCAGUAAAGUCCCAGAGUUUUACUUUUUGGAAACUUCUUGUCUUACAUAACUUGUAUAAUUUGUGUAAUUCAGGAAAUUAUUAUUUUUAUCAUUUUAAUUUUAUUUAUUUGUUUUUGUCUGCGUGCAGUCUUCUCGUUGCGGUGGCUUCUUGUUGCAGAGCGUGGGCUCUAGGGUGCAUGGCUCGUGGACUCUAGAGCCCGGCCUCAGCAGUGCUGGGACACAGCCUCAGUUGCCCCAGGCACGUGGGGUCUUCCUGGACCAGGGGUUGAACUCAUGUCCCCUUCAUUGGCAGGCAGAUUGUUAACCUCUGGACCACUAGGGAAGUCCACUUUUUGAGAAAUUAUUAAUCUUCUUUUGAAAAGAUUAUGGGCUGCACGUGUAUUCUCCUGUUAGAACGCGUUGACCAGAUCCUGAAUGCAUUGUCUGCAGCUGUUUCUGUUUCGGAACAGUUUGCACUGUUUUUGCAAAGGUGUGUUUGUCCUGGGGUGUUACUUUAGUGUCUUCCUAUGCCAUCAGUCAUGUUUCCUCAGGGGUCUGUUCUCGUUUUCACUUGUUCUUGGGGGCAGCCUGGUCAGCGGUGAAGGCCACGCUCUGUGAAGUUAGCCUGCUUGCCUGUCAGUUGCUGAACCUCUUUCAUUUUCUCCUGUGUAAAACGAAGAUGGUAAUAGUCUAUUUUGGGGGUUCACAACUUUUUCUGUAAAGAAUCAGUAUUUUGGGUUUUGUGGGUCAAGAGUCAGAAUCAAGAAAUACGCAAGGAAGCGAGCUCUUCCAGAGAAGCUCAGGAUGUAACCCUGCGGUGUUUGUUACACAAGUCCCUUGAUGAAAUGAAUGCACACCAUUUUGUGUGACCGAGUUCAUGUUUCUUGUUAAAGUUGCAUGCGUGCGUCUCCUCACCCUGGUUCAGAGCGGGGGGCAGAUGCAGGGCACUGUGACGUUGCUGACGGGUCAGUAGCUGCUGGUGGUGAGAGACACAGGUGUUGUCCUCAGCGUGUUUGCCGGUGAGCAAUGCAGUGACGAGUUACAGGCUGUGGCCGUGUUCUCCACAAGGCUGCCAACUGUGUGACCUUGCGCUGCACCUGUACUCACCCGGCAGCAGGUUCCAGCUGCCCGUCUCCCGCGCUCACGUUUUCUCGGCUUUGCAAGUGCUCCCACGUGAGUUGCUAGUUGCUCCCUUGAUCUGUGCCCAGAAGCUCGUUCUUCAGUCCCUUCCCCGCUCAGCGUUGAGGCAUCGAUGCCUCGCAGAAGCGGCAGAGGGCCGGGUCCAGUGACGUUUGGAGCCAUUGAGAGCAGAGGAAAGGCGCUUCAGGUUAUCUGCCUCAUUUUUAAUUCACGCGACGUUGCUCCCAGUGUCCUUAGCUUUCAGAACAGCUAUUCUUGACCAAAAACGGAUGGACUUAAGUGCAUCUCGUCUGGACACACUUCGUCAGCUCUGUGAUCAGACACAGUUAAGUCACCCUCAGUGGCUUUCCUUCCUGGGUUAACGAUGGGUCCCUGGGAAGCUUAAUUCCGUUGCCUCAUUUUUAUUUUUGUGAAGGAAUUCUGCUUUGUGUUGAGACUCACGCCAGAGGAGCGCUCAGCCUGGUGAUGUCGACCAUUGUGGUGUCGCUGCACGAAACUCCUGCCAUCCAGCUUGCUGACACGAAGCUCACACUACCCCGCGCCUUAAAGACUGGGCGUUCGGAGCCGGGUCUUCUUACUGUGACGUGAUGGGUGUGCAGCGUAAGCAAGCCAGCAGAAGCGUUGUGAAACGCUGUGGCCUUGAAACGCUGGGGCGAUCUCUGCUGAGCUGUGAGCGGGCAGGGCAGGGCUCAGAGCCCUGUGACCAAUACAGGGGGCAGCUGCAGACAGCGCACAGGCGGUGUUCCAGAAGGUGGGCCCUGGCAUUUGAAUUUCAUAGUCAUUCCACGCGGCACGUAAUUCUUUAUUUUUUCCCCAACCAUUUGAAAAUACACAAACUUAUUCUUUAUUUAUUAAAUUUAUUUGUGGCCUU